GAAAAAACGCACCCUAUCCAAAAGGAAACGGCUAGGAAAUCCUCAUCUUCCCACAAACGAGUCGGCCAAGCGAACAAAGAGUAAGGGAGGACUGAAACUGAAGCAGCCAAAUUGAGAUAAGAGGCAGAGGAGGAAGGAGCGCGCUCUGGACAAGAUGAUGUCGCCGGCGUCCACCCACCUGCUCCCCUCCGCCGCCGCGGUAUCCCUUCUCCCUCACCGCGUCUCCCUUCAGCUCUCCUGCGCCACUGGGUGGAGGAGCAGAAGCCGCCGCCUGGCGGUGGUGCGCGCGGCCACGGCGGAGGCGGCGGCGCCCGCCUACACCUCCGACUCCCUCAUCCUCUACUUCAAGGCGGAGGGCACCAUGGAAGAGAGGGCCAUUCCCAAGAUCACUGAAACACUCGAGGCUAUGGAGGGGGUCAAGGACCUUGAGGUGCUCAUGGAAGAAGGCAUUGCAAGUGUUGUGUUAACAAAGGAGACAACAGUACAAGCUACCGGAGUGGCCUCGAACCUAGUGGAAGCCAUCCAGGGAGCUGGGUUCAAGCUGCAAACACUAAGCCUCAGCUUCGAUGAUUUCGAUGAGGCAAAAACGGGAGUUGGAGGUGGCGUUCAACCCAGCGACUUUUGGGCCCGGCCCGAACAGCCUGCGCUUCCUAUCCUUUCGGGUUGUUGGCAUAAAUUGGAAUACCUUAUGUUUGGCACUGGACCUUGGCCUGUUUUAAAUUACAGAGUAUAUACCCACUAGUGCUGAAAGUUCUCUAUUUGUGUCCGUCUGUGAAUGGCCCAAACAGCCUCACAUCCUUUCGGGUCGCGGAUUACUCCUAGAUCCACAUUGGACCUUGGCCUGUUUAAAUUAUAGAGUGAGUAUCAACUAAUGCUGAAAAUUUUCC